AUGCUCAACAUCGCCAGGGUCGUCAAGUCACUGGAUGUGCCAUGGUUGCUGGUGGGAGACUUCAACGCCACGCCUACUGAGAUGGCAAAGUCGGGCUGGUUGGACGCACUUCGGGCUCGCGCCGUGACCCCAGAGGGGGUCGAGGUCUCAUGCACUUCAGGAAAAGGACGCAUGAUUGACUAUGCUGUGGUGCCCGACAGCUUUCGACCCUUCUUGUCCCAGGUGUUGCCAGUGCAGAAUUUGCCGUGGGGCCCCCACAUUGGCCUCAACAUCCUCAUCCGGUCUCGUCCCGCAUCGGUCUUCCUCCGUGUACCUGUGCUUCCAGUACCCUUGGUGAUUCCCGAGGGUGAGUCCAGGGUGCCCAAGGGCCGCAAGAGGUUCCAGCGGGACAGGGAGAAGCAUGCGAAGAUCCACGAGAUGUGUGACGAGCUGGACGUGCUGCAGCAGGGUGACCUGCUCAACGACGACGACGACCACCUGCUGGACGACCACUACGUCACCAAGCGGGCUCUGAAGUGCGAGGACCAGGAGUGGAUCCAGUACGUGAAUGAGGCCAGCGAGAGUCUCGGCUAUUCCUUCCCCCAGGCCGAGCCAGACGUGCAGAAGAGUGAGGCGCACAGAGCUGCCCCGCAUAUGUCUGAGAUCCUCGCGAAGCAAUAUGGCAUCUGGUCGCUGGCGGCGGAGGCACAACUGGCAGACCUUUGCGGGGUUGAGCUGCGACAGGGUGCCCGCCGAGGUAUGCCAGUGAAGUAUCAGUGGAGACGCGCAGUGGUCCAGAAGAAUGACUCGACCUUCGGCCACUCCAGCGCCAACGCCCUCAACAGUAGGUGGGCGAGCCUGCACGCCAGGGUGCAGGAGCAGCUGGUGGCGCUUGGUCGUUUUCGUCAUUCGAGCUAUCGGCAGCGAGUGCAGGACAUCGUGAAUAGCCUACUGACCGAGCUCCGCAGAGAUCAUGACAGCUGUGGUCCAGUUCCAGACGGCCAUGCAGAGGAUAUGGCUGGGAAGUGGCGCGUAUUCAGAGACGAUGAGCAGGUCAUUCGCCAGGGUGAGCGCAUUCGAGCCUGCACGGAUUUCGCAGAGUGGCAGAACUUCGCGCUGAAGGUGCAGGCCCGCUCGGCUCGCCACGCCAGCCUGGCAUGGCAGCAGACGCGGAGUGAGAUCGGCAGCUGGGCAGUCAAGAGCGCGCAGGGCUCCAUGAAGGGCGCUCACCGCUACCUGAAGAAGAACGAGCAGCGCGCCCUGGAUGAGACCUGCAUCGACCCCGCCACUGGCGAGGUAUGCGAUACGGUCCAGGGCACAACUGACGUCAGAGCGGCUUGCUGGGCAGCGCGGUGGACUUCCCAGCCACACCGCCUACCAGCAGUCCGCGCUGCCCUCGGUGCGCUGAGGACCCGUGCCCACGAGGACUUGGCCGACCGCCCCGUUCACCCUCGGGAGCAGCUGGCGGCAGCACUCAAGUCUUUCCCGAAGGGCACGGGCACGGGGCCAGAUCAGUGGAAGCCUGCACACAUCCUCGCCCUCUCGGACCAGGGGCAGGAGUCUCCCGUCACGCUCUUCAACAUGAUCAGGCGAGGGCUGGCCUGGCCGCACCAGCUGCUGCACAACUGGUGCGCGCUGCUGCCCAAGGGCGAGAAGCAGGAGCUGGGCAACGAGAGGGGCAUCGGCCUCCUGCCAAUGCCCGUCAGGAUCUGGGGGCGCCUCACCAAGUCCCCCCUGACGGAGUGGUGCGACAAAAGGGCUGCGCACUGGGAUGCGGCGGCGAGAGGCAGCAGCGCGCUCCAGGCUGCCCUGCCCACCAUGGUCCUGGACGAGACUCGGGCACGCAUCGGCCUCAACGAGCAGAGCAAUUUUCUGGCAGAUGUUGAGAAGUUUUAUGAUCAUAUGGACUUGGCACAGAUGAUUCUCCAGGCGAUCGAGCUUCAAUUUCCUACGGUGGAGCUGUACCUUUGCUGCCUGACGUACUUGUCGCCUCGCACGGCCAAGGCCCAAGGGGCUUACGCCGAGCCCAUCGUGCCGAACUGCUCCAUCGUACCAGGCUGCGGGAAGGCCAAUCACUGUGCAAGAGUCUUCCUGUACCGACUGUUGGAGAGGGCCCAUGAGAGGGCCCCGUUGGCUCACAUCAGGCAGUACGCCGACGAUGUACACACGCGAGUGGAGGGUCCAAGAAAGAUGGUGCUGGACCAGACUAAGACGAUCACAUGCGAGCUGGUGCAGGGCAUGCUGGACCUGGGACUCCGAGUCUCCCCCAAGUCGCUUUUGAUGAUGACGAAUGCGAAGGAUGAGGUGAAAGUCCAGAGGCACGUGUUGCGGAUCACGGGUAUCAAGAUCAAGCGCGCCAGCUGGGCCAAGGACAUUGGGGUGGACUGUUCCAUGGGACUCAAGCGUGCGACCAAGACCACCAAGAGCUGGAUGACCACGGCGCAGGCUCGCGCCACGCGUACAGCCCUGUUCAGGCGAGUCGGUCGAGGCGGCAUCAGAUCCAAAGGAGUCAUGUUGCACAAUACCAACAUCAAGGCGAAGUUUCGAUAUGCUGAUCCAGUUCUGGGAGCGGCGCCGUCUGAUAUGGAGCGCAGGCGUGCCCAAGCGGCAGACUUGGCUGGACACACUGUCGGCGGCAGAUGCGCGGCCUCAGUCUUGCUGCUCCACUACCAGGACGACGAUCCCAAGAUGAGCGUGGUCAAGGAUCAGGUCAAGCAGUGGUUCCAGUUCUGGGAGGCCCAUCCAGAGCUGCGAGAACGAGUUCGACGGGGCUGGCGAGCGGUGCUGAAGAGGCUGAUAUACCUGCGCCCCCGCUCAAGAUGGCGGUGCGUGACGGGCCCGAUGGGGGCUCUCAUCAUGAUGCUGCGCGAGCUCGGCUGGACCCCGCGAGCUCCAGGCCACUGGCUCGAUGACCAGGGGAACGAGUGGAAGCACAUGGGCGAUGCCGCGGACAGCUACGACGAGUUGUACGAGGCUCUGUGCUCCUCCGUCAGGCGCGACCUCUGGCAGCAGGCUGGCGAUCAUCCAGCAGGGCAGGGGCUGCAUGAGGGUGGCGACAUGCACAUGCUGCGGGUCAACCUGCGACGGCUCCGUCGCCAGGGCCGACAUCGUGAGGCAGGUGCGCUGGAGGCGAACGCUCUGGCUUGCAUCUGGACGAAGGCCCGCGCCAAAUCCUCGGGCUACAAAUGCGAUGACGUUUGCCCGAGGUGCGAGCUUGGAAAAGACACGAUUGCUCACAGAUUGCAUGAGUGCCAGGCGAAUGCCAACAUCGACCAGGAGUGGGCGCAGGUAGGCUUCCUUGACGGCUCCGCCACGUCCAGCGAUGCCCGAGUGUGCCGUGUGGGUUGGGGGGUGUACUUCCGCGUGGAGGGCGAGGCGGAGCUGGACGUGGAACUGAGCAGGGGCACCACGUCAGAGUUCCCCCUACGAGUGUGCACACCCUCAGAGUGGGCGAUCGAGUCGUCCACAGCUCUCACUCUAUUGCUAUGCAGAAUGGACUAG